AAAUAUAUCGUAUUAUGAUGAAGCUGAAAGUAACUUUUUUCAUCAUUUGCUUUUUUGGAAUCUUGUUUUUUUCUCUGGCUUUCCACGUUGUAAUCAAGUCCCAUGUCACUGGAGAGAAACUAGGGGAAGAGAGAUGUGAUGUCUUGUCUGAAAUCAAUGCUAUUAGAAAGGAUAAAGGUAUGCUAAUCAUAAAUUCAGUUGGGCGGCUGGGCAACCAGAUGGGAGAGUAUGCAACAUUAUAUGCGCUGUCAAAAAUAAAUAGGUGGAAGGCAUAUAUAAUCCCAGAGAUGUUCAACUAUUUAUCACCACUGUUCAGAAUCACAAUGCCUACAAUCAAUGGAGAAGAGGUUAAAGGGAUUUCAUGGAGAGAAUACAAAGUGUAUAACUGGAUGGCUCCUGAAUACACACGGUUCUCUGAGAAGUAUGUCAGACUAACUGGAACCCCCUGCUCAUGGACAAUUUUCCACCAUCUUAGAGAUGAGAUUCUUGGGGAAUUCACCUUCCAUGAUCACAUCAAAGAGGAAGCUAACAACUAUCUUCAGAAAAUAAAAGGUGAUUAUAAAAAUGUGACCUUCAUUGCUGUACAUGUUCGAAGGGGAGAUUAUGUCCAUGUCAUGCCUCAUCAGUGGAAAGGGGUGAUAGCAGACAGGGUAUACUUAGAAAAGGCUAUGUCCUACUUCCGCAAUAAGUACCAAAAUGCCCUUUUUGUGGUUGCCAGCAAUGGGAUGGACUGGUGCAAAGAUAACAUUAAUGCCUCUAUGGGGGAUGUACACUUUCUACAUGCAGGAGAUGAGUCAUCACCAGGGAAAGACCUUUCUAUUCUUGCCCACUGCAAUCAUACUGUCCUGACUAUUGGGACUUUUGGCUUUUGGGCUGCAUAUUUGGCUGGUGGUGAGACUGUCUACCUUGGCAAUUUCACGCUUCCCAACUCACCCUAUAGAAGAGAGUUUAGAGAAGACUCUGCCUUUCUUCCAGAAUGGAUAGGCUUUCCAGCUGACCUUUCAUCUCUUCUUGGUCAUCAUUGACCGUUUUUGACUUGUUUAUAAAGCUGGAAUGACUGACAUUUUUCUCUCUACUAUUCAAAAUGUGAAUAAUGCUUCUCAAUAAAACUUUCUAACUUGAUUUUCAACUCCUUACUCCUCAUAACAUUAUCUAA